AUGCAAGAUGCUUCCGAGGAUACUUGCCUGCUUCUGGGAUUCCCACCUGUAGAAGGCCGCUUCCUUUUGUUUUCCGAAGCCAGACUGGUCUCCUGUCUUAUGGAGGUAGGUGUAGUGUUGGAAGAACUUCCGGUGCCUGGGUUACCAGUACGUCGUGGUGUAGACCUCGACGGGCCCGGAGUGGCCGUGUUCACGCUCUGUUUCAAUCUCUUUCUCGGUGCCUCGUCGCCCUCAGAGCUUGCAUCACUCCGUGAGCCUGCACCGCUCUCCUCGCUACCUGACCCUGACAGCGCAGCACUUCUAGAUGCUGAGCCUUGUGAGGACCAUGGUAAAGGGCUGGACCUUGCAGCUCUACCUUAUCAUAAGCUCUCCUGCCUAUGA